GAAGCUAAGCAUCCCUAUGUACGCAUUUUGGGGCGCAUAAUUUUCACCGAAAAAAAUCUAAGAAAGCUAAAGUUGUGGCUAUAAUUAAUUCAUUAAAAUAGUGGUAAAUGCUUCACUAAUGUGUUUUAUAUGAAAUACUAAUAGUAAAAUACACUUUCAACAAAUAUUCUGCGUAGGAACACGCCAUUCCGGCUCAAGUGCAUUUGGUUAUUGAAUUUUCCAGUUGCACGUCGUCAAGUUGCGUCGGUGUUUUUGUGCAAAAAGUGCGGGGCGUGUACGCUUACUAAAAAUAUUACAAUAAAUACAAUAGGCAAUCAUUAGGAACUGAUACCCACUCUGACCGGAGAUAUUUGCAAAUAUGAGUGACUUUCAGACGCAGCAGGCGAGUUUAAGUCAAUCGCAGGCAUUGGCAGCUGCCAUACAACGUGCCAAGCAGAUUGCCGCAAAAAUACAGCCAAAUCAGCAAUCACAAGGAGGUGGAGGAGACUCCAGUGGCCCCGCCUCCGGAGGCGGCGGAGGUAGCAACAGUUUUAAGCGGCAUAACGAUGAUCCCGAUAGUGGACCCGAUUGUAAACGCUCCUUUGGCAGUCCUGAUUACGGUCAAAAUAACUCGAACAUGAGCAGUGGCAGCGGCGGUGGCAGUGGUGGCGGCAAUAUGACUCAAGCUAUUGCGCAAGCCGCCGCUGUGGCAGCUCGUUUGACUGCAUGGCCGGCUUCCACGUGCGAGGAGCAAGUGCGCAUACCCGAGAGCAUUGUGAACGCAUUUGUGGGACGCAGCGGCAGCGAUACGCUCAGUCAUCUGGAAGCCGAAUCUGGUGCCAAGCUGGAGCUGAUGCAAGAUCAAGAGCGAGUGAUAACACUACGCGGUACCCGAGAGAGCUGCACAAAGGGUCGCGAAAUGCUGCAGCAGAUGGUCAAUCGGAACGGAGGCAACGGUACCUGUGAGGUGUUGUUGACCAUCAAUAUGCCGCCACCGGGUCCCGGAGGCUAUCCGCCGUACCAGGAGAUCAUGAUCCCCGGCGCUAAGGUGGGCCUCGUCAUUGGCAAAGGCGGCGACACAAUUAAACAACUUCAAGAGAAGACUGGCGCCCGCAUGAUCAUCAUUCAGGAUGGUCCCAAUCAGGAAGUCAUCAAGCCAUUGCGCAUUUCCGGUGUGCCCCAGAAGGUCGAGCAUGCCAAGCAAAUGGUAUUGGAUCUCAUUGCUCAAAAGGAUGCACUGGCCAUGCAGCAGCAGGGCGGACGCGGUGGUGGCGGCGGCUCUGGUGGUGGUGGAUCUGAGCAAGGCUUCAAUAAUUUCAAUAAUGGCAACGGCGGCGAAAGCGUUGAGGUCUUUGUGCCCAAAAUUGCUGUGGGCGUGGUCAUAGGCAAGGGCGGCGAUAUGAUACGUAAAAUCCAAACCGAAUGCGGCUGCAAACUGCAAUUCAUCCAGGGCAAAAACGAUGAGAUGGGCGAUCGGCGGUGCGUUAUCCAGGGCACGCGCCAGCAAGUGGAGGAUGCGAAACGCACCAUUGAUGGUCUAAUCGAGAAUGUGAUGCAACGCAAUGGCAUGAACCGCAAUGGUAAUGGCGGAGGCGGCGGUAACGGCGGUGGAGGCAGCCAGGGGGGCGGCGAUUCAAACAACUCGAACUAUGGCUACGGAUAUGGCGUGAAUCAUGCCCAGGGUGGCCGCGAAGAGAUUACAUUUCUGGUGCCUGCUUCCAAAUGUGGCAUUGUUAUUGGACGCGGUGGUGAGACAAUCAAGCUCAUCAAUCAGCAGUCGGGUGCCCACACAGAGAUGGACCGUAAUGCCAGCAAUCCGCCCAAUGAGAAGCUAUUCAAGUCGAAAGGUACCACCGACCAGGUGGAGUCUGCGCGUCAAAUGAUAUCGGAAAAAAUCAAUAUGGAGUUAACGGUGCUCUCGCGAAAACCGAUUAGUGGUGGAGGCGGUGGGUCUGGCGGUGGUGGCGGUGCCAACAAUGCGCAUCAUAAUCAACAGCCUGGCGGUUACGGUGGCAACCAAAUGCAGGGCGGUGAUCCAAAUGCCGCCGCUGCUGCCGCCUACCAGCAACAACAGCAACAGCCCUGGGGAGCCUAUGGACAGCAGGGCAGCUGGGAUCCAGCCGCUGCUCAACAGCAGCAACAGAUGGCCAUGGCAGCGGGUCAGGGCCAAGCAGGCGCGGCUGCAGGUGCGGGUGGUCAAGAUUACUCAGCCCAAUGGAUCGAGUACUACAAGCAAAUGGGCUGUCAUCGGGAGGCAGAAAUGAUUGAACAACAGAUGAAAGCAAAGCUAGCUGCUAAUCCUGCGGGUCCUGGUCAACAGACUGCGCAGCAACAGCAACAAACACAGCAGCAACAACAACAGGCUGGCGGCAGCGGUGCCGACUACAGCGCACAGUGGGCUGAAUAUUAUCGCAGUGUAGGAAAAAUUGAGGAGGCAGAAGCUAUUGAAAAGACGCUCAAGAAUAAGCAAAACGGAGCCGGCGCUGGCGGUAGCAGUAAUGCAGCAAAUCCGAAUCAAGGUGGCCCCAAUGUCAAUCAACCGCAGCCAAAUGCAGCUGCUGCGGCAGCCGCAGCAGCCGCCGCCGCUGCAGCGGCCGGUGGCUAUGCCCAAGGUAUGACUCCUAGCCAAUAUGCACAAUAUUCACAGUAUUAUGCUGCAGCGGCUGCUGCGAGUCAUCCUCAAGGAGCGCCACAGCCCCAGGGCGCCGGAGCCGGCGGUGCAGGUGGCCAGAGUGGUGGUCCACCAGCUGGAUAUCCGGGUGGCUAUCCCGGUGGUGCCUACGGCGGCUACCCAAGCGGACCCACUGGCGGUCCCGGCCAGCAACAGCAGCAGCAGCAGAAAGCGCACAAAAACGAUAAACAUUGAGGGGUCUGAUUGGAGUGCGGGUGCCUUGAAAUGUGAAUCAUUUGAAUUGUUCUACUAUCCUAUGUCUUUUAUCCCCAAUAAAUUAGCAAAAAUAUAUAAAAAAGAAUACAGUAAUUGAAGCGCGAAGGGCUGAACGAGAUGAGAAUUAUGACAACGAUCGCCAACAGUCAAGACAACCAACCAUCAAUCAAUCAAUCAAAUCAAACAAACAGUCAAUCAAUCAAUUUGCACACAGCUUGAAGCGUCGCGCUUUGCAUAAUUGUAAAUUUAUUAUAUAUAUUAAUUAUAUGCCAAUUACAUUGGUUUUUUUCACUUUUAA